CACUUAUAGAAUCAUCACUAUUAUAGCAAGUACGUACUAAAAAUGGAGAGUUUCCAUAAAUAUACAAAUGUUAUUGCAUUUCUCUUCUUGUUUUUCUCUAGCCCUCUCACUUUAGCCCUUCAAGUUGGGUUUUAUAGUAAAACAUGUCCGAACGCCGAAACUAUAGUUCAGCAGGUGGUGCAACAGAGGUUUGCGGCGGAUAAGUCUGUUGCUGCAGCCUUGCUUCGUAUGCAUUUUCAUGAUUGCUUUGUUAGGGGUUGUGAUGCAUCCAUAUUGAUUGACUCAACCUCAACCAACCAAGCUGAAAAGGCCUCAGGCGCAAACGGGUCGGUUCGUGAAUUUGCACUCAUAGACCAAAUCAAGGCCAAACUCGAACAAUCAUGCCCACAAACGGUUUCUUGUGCAGAUAUCAUAACACUCGCUACUCGAGACUCAGUUGCCCUAGUUGGGGGCCCAAAGUACAACGUCCCAACAGGUAGGCGUGAUGGGCUCAUCUCAAAAUCCAACGAAGUAAACGUUCCAGGCCCAUCUUCCACCGUAUCCCAGGCCCAACAAUCUUUCAAAAUAAAAGGGUUAACCAUAAACGACAUGGUGGUCCUUUUAGGUGGUCACACCGUUGGUAUAACUCAUUGUAGUUUCAUUAGUGAUAGGUUAACCAACUUCCAAGGGACCGGAGCUCCGGACCCUACUAUGAACAAGACGUUGCUUACGCAGCUUAAGGGAACUUGCGGGGCAAACCCGAGCGCGGAUCCUAGUAUUUUCCUUGACCAGAAGACACCAUUUGUGUUUGAUAACGAAUACUAUAACCAGCUUAAGAGUAACAAUGGCGUGUUACAAAUUGAUCAAGAGUUAGCCGUGGAUCCCUUAAGCUCUACGUUGGUUAAUAAUAUGGCAGCAAAUAAUGCUGGAUUUGUACAAAACUUUGCAAAAGCCAUGGUUAAAAUGGGGGGUAUCCAAGUUCUUCAAGGGACUGCUGGUGAAAUUAGGACAAAUUGUAGGGUCUUUAAUAAGAAUUAAAAGGCCGAAAUUAAAUUACUUUUAUCGUUGACUUGUUCUAUGA